AGAUAGACACAGAACGGUGUUACCGCUUUAAGGAGAGAGAAAGAGAUAGAGAGAAAAAAGUUUGUUUCUUCAUUUAGAAAUUUAGAUAACAGAGAGAGUUAAGGAUGAUGAGUCUUAGAAGAGGAGGAGAAAGACAAGACUACAACGUUGUUCAUAAGCUACCUCACGGUGACAGUCCUUAUGUCCGAGCAAAACAUGUUCAGCUUGUGGAGAAGGAUGCAGAAGCAGCGAUAGAGCUGUUCUGGAAAGCGAUUAGAGCGAGAGACAGAGUAGAUAGUGCUCUUAAAGACAUGGCUUUGCUUAUGAAACAACAAAACAGAGCUGAUGAAGCUAUUGAAGCUAUUCAGUGCUUUAGAGAUCUUUGUUCACGACAAGCUCAAGAAUCACUCGACAAUGUCCUCAUCGAUCUCUACAAGAAGUGUGGGAGGAUAGAAGAGCAAGUUGAGUUACUAAAACAGAAGCUUUGGAUGAUAUACCAAGGAGAAGCGUUCAAUGGGAAGCCGACAAAGACGGCGAGAUCUCAUGGGAAGAAGUUUCAGGUCACGGUCGAGAAGGAGACCUCUAGGAUCUUGGGAAACUUGGGAUGGGCUUAUAUGCAGCUAAAGGACUACACAGCGGCUGAAACCGUGUACCGUAAAGCUCAAGUUAUAGAGCCUGAUGCUAACAAGGCUUGUAAUCUAUGCACAUGUCUCAUCAAGCAAGGGAAGGUCGAUGAAGCGAGGACGAUUCUGUUUCGUGAUGUGUUACAGGAGAAGAAAGAAGGGUUUGGUGAUGAUUCGAGGUUGAAGGUUCGAGUUCAAGAGCUGAUGAGUGAGGUAGAGCCACGUGGAGGUGUUGUAGCUUCUGUGGAAUGUGAAGUUGGUAUGGAUGAGAUUGCGGUUGUUGAAGGGAUUGAUGAGUUUAUGAAAGAGUGGAGGAGACCUUUAAGGACGAGAAGACUUCCUAUUUUCGAAGAGAUCUUACCAUUGAGAGAUCAACUGGCUUGUUGAUGAUGAUUCGAUGUUGAUUUGAAUGCUGAAUAGGAACUUUUCAUGUAGAAGAAUGUAGUGAAUCUAGUUUACUUCUUGUAAGCUGUUUUUGUAUCCUUCUUAACUGUAAUGUCAAACAACUCUCUCUCUCGCUCUCUUCCAUUGGUAUCUGCCUCUCAGCAGAUUCAUUCACAAGCUUUUAUAACCGUUGAUUCUUCACCAAGAAACCAAAUAAGAAGAUCCACAUUCUCUUAAGGC